AUGUUAGUGAUGCUGAGGAACAGAUCCAGAGCUGUAACAAAACAAUCACCGAUCAUGGCGGAUCACCAACCUUCGUCUCUUUCACCCCCUACUCCACAGAACCCGACCCGAUCUAUUUCAUCUUUUCUUGGUUCUCCAAGGUUCUUCAAUGGUGCAUUCUUGCCUAAAAAUCUUUCACCGACCUCCAUUCUUGACACCAACAAACAGUUAAUCAAUUUUCCCGGCAACCCAUUUGGGUUCAGUAAAAACCCAGAAAAAGCCACAAAGGUCGUUGAAAAAAAACACCCAUCUGAGAAAGUUGGUUCUGAAGGAAUUGCUCUUGCUCUUGUUCUCAUUCAAGAAAACUCUAAUGACAAUAUUUGUAAACCUAGUACCACUAGCCGAAAAGUUCUGCUUGGAUCAAAGUUAAAAAUUAAAAUCCCAGAACCAUUUCCAAACGGGUCACCCGAAUCGCCCGGUGAUUUUGGGAUCAAGACCCGAAAUUCUCAGUUUUCAGCCGGUCCGACUCCAACUGGAUUCGGAUCGCCGAGAUUUUUUACAGGUCCUUUGUCUUUGAGUGAGAUGGAGCUCUCAGAGGAGUAUACUCGAGUGAUCUCACAUGGGCCUAACCCGAAAACGACCCAUAUUUAUGAUAAUUGUGUUGUGGAGAGCUGCUGCGGUAUUCGGGUCGGAUCAGAAGUGCCAUUGGAGAGUUUUGUAAGCUUCUGUAACACCUGCAAGAAAAAUCUUGAAGAAGGCAGUGACAUUUUCAUGUACAGGGGUGAGAAAGCUUUUUGCAGUGAAGAAUGCAGAUGCCAAGAAAUGGUUUUGGACGGAUUAAUGAACUCAUAG